AACAUUUUCCUGGGAGGAAUUACUUUAUAUGGUUCAGUAAAGGAUAGAGAAACUGAUGUGUACUGAGAGUUAGGGACUGAUAAGAAUUUCUGAUAGUUCUCUGCUGGUAGACACUGGUUCCAGUUUGAAGUUGGAAGUUUGUCUGCACUGGGAAGGAGGUGCACUGGUGUGAAGAGACUGGUGCAUACUGGGAAGGAGGGAGAGUGAAGCCGGUCUGGUGGAAAGAUGCCACGCUCUUUCCUGGUGAAGAAGCGACAGGGUCUGUCAGUGGCUCGACGCUGGAAGGAGACCCCCGAACAGCAACGUGGUGAUGGGUACAUACCAGAACCUUGCCCCUUGCCAGCCCCUGUCCUCGAGCCAGCCCCAGAGUCAGAGACUGGAGUGGGGAAGACAGCGGAAGAGUGGCGGACACAGACUCCCAACCUGGGGCCCCCCGGAGACACCCUGCAUCAUUACAACCCCAGUGUGGUCCCACAUCCCGCUCCGGUCGUUUAG